UUAUUGAAAACUACAGCUGGAGAUAUUGACAUAGAGUUAUGGUCAAAAGAAGCUCCUAAAGCUUGCAGAAAUUUUAUUCAACUUUGUUUGGAAGCUUACUAUGACAACACCAUUUUUCAUAGAGUUGUACCUGGUUUUAUAGUUCAAGGGGGAGAUCCUACUGGCACAGGGACUGGUGGAGAUUCUAUCUAUGGAGCCCCAUUCAAGGAUGAAUUUCAUUCUCGGUUGCGUUUUAAUCGGAGAGGACUGGUUGCCAUGGCAAAUGCUGGGCCUCAUGAUAAUGGCAGCCAGUUUUUCUUUACACUGGGCCGUGCGGAUGAACUUAACAAUAAGCACACCAUCUUUGGAAAGGUGACAGGGGAUACAGUAUAUAACAUGCUGAGACUAACAGAAGUAGAUAUUGAUGAGGAUGAAAGACCACGUAAUCCACACAAAAUAAAAAAUUGUGAGGUUUUGUUUAAUCCUUUUGAUGACAUCAUUCCGAGGGAAAUUAAAAAGUUGAAAAAAGAAAAACCAGAGGAUGAAGUAAAGAAAUUAAAACCCAAAGGCACAAAAAAUUUUAGUUUACUCUCAUUUGGAGAGGAAGCUGAAGAAGAAGAGGAGGAAGUAAAUCGAGUUAGUCAGAGCAUGAAAGGAAAAAGCAAGAGUAGUCAUGACUUGCUGAAGGAUGAUCCACAUCUCAGCUCUGUCCCGGCUGUUGAAAGUGAGAAGGAUGCAACAGAAGAUUCAGAUGAUGGUGGAGAAGAUGAUAGUGCAGAGCAUGAUGAAAAUAUUGAUGAUGAUGAGAAGAACCUGAUGAGAGAAAGAAUUGCAAAGAAGUUAAAAAAAGACACAAGUGCCAGUGUUAAAUCAUUUGGUGAAGGGGAAAUGGAGAAGAAAUCAGUGAGCCGAAGCGAAGAACUACGCAAAGAAGCAAGACAAUUGAAGAAGGAACUCUUAGCAGCAAAGCAAAAAAAAGUUGAAAAUGAAGCAAAACAAGCAGAAAAAAGAAGUGAUGAGGAAGAAGCUGCUCCAGAUGGUGCUGUUGCAGAAUACAGAAAAGAAAAACAAAAAUAUGAAGCUUUGAGAAAACAACAGCCAAAGAAAGGAACUUCUCGAGAAGAACAGACCCUUGCACUUCUGAAUCAGUUUAAAUCUAAGCUCACUCAAGCAAUUGCUGAAACUCCUGAAAAUGACGUGUCUGAAACAGAAGUAGAAGAUGAUGAAGGAUGGAUGUCACAUGUACUUCAGUUUGAGGAUAAAAGCAGAAAGGUGAAAGAUGCAAGCAUGCAAGACUCAGACACGUUUGAAAUCUAUGAUCCUCGGAAUCCAGUGAAUAAAAGACGACGAGAAGAAAGCAAAAAGCUCAUGAGGGAGAAGAAAGAAAGAAGAUAA